AUGAAUAUGGAAAACGAUUUGAAGGAAGAACUGAAUAGAAGAAUGAGAGCAGCAUGGGCAGCAUUCGCACCCGUCAGGGAAGCUACGGACCAACUGACGGACCAAGAUCUUCGUGCCUAUCUGUUCGACUCGACAGUCCUUCCAGCGCUCUGUUACGCAGCGGAGACGUGGGCAGACACCGCGGCCACAUCUAGGAAGCUACUUACUACCCACAGAGCCCUUGAGAGAUGUCUCUUGAAGUUUAACCGGCGCACACAACACCUAGCCAGUCUUCGUAGCUCCGAAUUAAGAGGAAUGUCCCGUCUUCGCGACCCAGCGGAAUAUGUAUCGAAAGCAAAACAUAGAUGGGCCGGUCACAUCAUGAGAAGGGAGAUCGCCAACGAGAUGGGUGACGUGUUCGCUACACGGAUGGACCAGCUGAGAGCUCAGCUGGAUACGGCUCAAGGACCUCGUCAACGUCACUCGCGAAACUUGAGAACAUCUUAG